AUGGAGGAGGAGGCGAUAGAGCGAGCGGUGCUGGCGUACCUGCGUCGCAAGGGCUACAAGAAUGCUGAGCUGGCGUUUAAAGACGACUCUAAGACGCAGACGCUCGAUGCGCUCGUUACGGUUGGCGGGAAGGCCGCAGCUGCUGAGCUGGACAAGAAUCUAGCCAAUCAGAUUAUGCUAUACAGCAGGUCUGAGAAGGCGCCAGCAUGCUAUGUGGAAGGCUACCGGAAGCUUCGUGCGUGGGUGCAUUCCUCCCUAGACCUGUACAAGAACGAGCUACUGCGAGUGCUCUACCCGGUGUUCGUGCACGCCUUUCUCGAGCUCGUCACGCAGGACCACCCCGACGCGGCGCGCGCGCUCAUGGAGGCGCACGGCGCGGACCACGCGCGCCUGCACGCCAGCGACCUGGCGCAGCUCGCGGGCAUCAGCGCCGCGCAGCACGCGCUCCAGAGCCCCCUCGCGCGCGCCUUUCGCGAGAACAAGGCCGUGAUUCGCAUGUGCCAGUAUUCGUUCGAUCUGCUGCUGCAGUUCCUGCACGCCGCUGACCUCAUGGCCAUCCUCGCCCUCGUCAACCGCCACAUCCACAUCAUCGCCACUCUCCCUCCCCCUCUCCAGAACCCUUUCCUCCUCCUCCUCUUCUCCCCCACCUCCUUCAAAUUCCCCCCUCCCCGCGCUCCUCCCCCCUCCCCCCGCUCCUCUCCCCCAUCCGCAGUGCACGCGGGGAGGCCAGCAGCGCAGGAGGAGGAGGAGGACGAGGCGACGGGCAUGGUGUCAAGUGCAGGGGCGGACGGGGGCGGCAUGGGGGGGGGCAUGCUGGCGGGGGUGGUGACGGGGGCGACGCACGAGGCAAUGAGGCGCAUGGGGCAGCGCGAGGUGCUGUGGGGCUCACUGGAAGAUGGUGUGGAGCAUAGGUUGGAGCAGGAGAGGGAGCACGAAGCUGCGAGGGAGGAAGGCGAGGACGGCGAAGGGGAGGACGGCAAGGUGAGAUGCGUGUGGGUGGUGGGGGCACGGGAUGCAUGGGCAGCGCGAGGUGCUGUGGGGAGCACCGGUUGGAGCAGGAGAGGGAGAGGGAGGGCGAGCGGGGAGGACGGCAAGGUGAGAUGCGUGGGGCUCACUGACUGGAGGUCACUGACUGGAGGUCACUGA